UUUUAGUGUUACACAACAGCUGCACAUGUGUUUCCUACUGGAUUUCUUUAUACUUUUCAAACACUAUUUCCUCAUGAGCCCUCACCAGCACUGAAACAUCAGAAGAAUGAAGCAAGCAGACCCACAGUGUGACAUAGAGAGACUUUAUCUGGAGGUGUCCAGUGUAAAUGGAGCCGCGUCUCUUCCCCUGCACACCUCCAUCACCCUGUUCCUCCUUUCUUACACAGACUGCUCAUCUUUUCACGUCUACCUGGUCACAGAUCAGCCUGACGCUCUGCAGUCUCUGUCAGGUCUGGUGCCCGAGGGUCUCGUUGUUGCCGAUGUGCGGAAAGAGGAGCUGCCAGCUCUUGUUAGGUUGUGCCGCCUCCCUGCCGCAUUAGAGCCCGACGCCGGCUUCUGCAGAGCCGGUCUAGCUGUCGUACUGAGGCGCAUCAUUCGGAGGACGUGCCAGCUGACGCCAGGCCGCAGGGAUGUGGCAUCGCUUUUGGGAUUUAAGAACACCUGUCUUAAAGCUUGUGCCGAGGUAAGUCAGUGGACCAGACUGUGUGAACUGGAGAUUCCCUCUUCGGUGGAGAAGCACUUAGAAAACCCUACAGAAGAGACGUUUCAACUUCCUGCUGCUAUCCUCAACUUAGAGAAGAGAUUAGGUGAACCUGUCAAAGUCCACAAUGAUGACAAGAUACGCAGACAGAAACUCCAACAACAGAGGAAUUCCUCUCCGAGUGAUUCCCAACUAAAUGGCCCCAAAACUGAGAUAGGACUGCAGGAGAAGGGCGAUGCACACGGUGUUGAACUCAGUGCUGCUCUGGCUAAACUCUCCGUGGACGCAGUUCCGUCCGUGUCCACCCGAGAGCGCUCCGACAUCAGGAAAGUCAGGAGCACAGAUCUGCCAGAGCUGGAGCAUGUGUUUGCAGAAGGACUGUACUUCACCCUUACUGAUGUUGUGCUGCUACCCUGCAUCCAUCAGUAUCUGAUCUCCCUCCAAAAGCACAGCCCCCUCAUCCUCUCCCAUCUCCCCUUGCUGCUGAAGUGGUACCAGCGUGUACAGGAGCUCCCCAUUGUUUCGAGGGCCGCAAAGGAUUGUGGGAUGGCCCUUCUUAACCUCAGCACGGCUGACCCCUGUCCUCCCCAGCCAGAGUUCCCCAGACCCAGCGGAGCAGAGCAGGAAAGCCCGACCGUCAAGCAAGAGCCCUUCAUCGGGGGCCCAAGGCCAACUCUGACCAAGCUGCAAGAGAAUGGGAUAGAUGCUGUUUUCUCCCCCCACCCUUGCCCUUCAUGGACCAUAGACUGGGAGAGUUUACCUGCGGCCGUCAACCCAACUGAAGGCAAGAUGUCGGACGCCCGUGCCGUACGAAAACAACAGCAGCUCAACAAUCUGGUUGCCAUGGUGACAGAGAUGGCCCACCCAGGCCAGACCAUUGUGGAUUUCUGCAGUGGGGGGGGCCACGUUGGGAUUGUUUUGGCGCACAUGCUUCCUAAAUGUCAGGUGAUUCUCAUUGAGAAUAAAGAAGAGUCGCUGGUCAGGGCGAGAGAAAGAUGCACUCAGCUCGGGCUGACGAAUAUCGGCUUCAUCCAGACAAACCUCGAUUACUUCACUGGAAACUUCCAUAUUGGGGUGGCCUUGCAUGCGUGCGGAGUGGCUACAGAUAUGGUCCUGGACCGUUGCCUUCAAGCAAGGGCUGGAUUUGUGGUUAGUCCCUGCUGCUACGGAUUCAUUCAAAACACGCUCAAGUUCAACUUUCCCAAGAGUGCGAGGUUUGCUGAGACUUUGAGCUAUAAGGAGCACAUGAUCUUGUGCAGGUUCGCGGACCAGACAGCUGUCAGUUUACCACUGGAACGGAGAUUAAUCGGUAAACGCUGUAUGGGACUGGUAGACCUGGACCGCAGCUGGGCCGCUGAGACUCAUGGGUAUUCUGUCAAGGUGAUGACCAUGGUCCCUGAAGGCUGCUCCCCAAAAAACAAUAUGCUGGUGGGAAAACCUGCAAGUUAGAGUGCAAUCGAAACAGCGAAACCUAAACCUUUCAGACUGUCGCGUUUUUAAUUUAGUAACUUUUUAUGAAUUGUUUUUUUUAAACACAUGUAUUUCUAUCACACAGAAACAGACAUGCAAUGCUGAAUAAAUCAUGGUUCAAUUUA